AUGCCUUUGGGAUGCGGGCACGCGCGAGUGAUUGGCGUGUGGCGUGUGCAGGUGCCGGCGGGCAGCGAGCGCGGCCAGUGGGCGCUGCGCGUGGAGGGCCUGCAGCGGGCGGCGGGCGCCGGGCCGGCCUUCGUGUACGAGGCGCCGCUGCACUUCGCGCCCGACUUCCUCGCCAUCCUCGUGCAGACCACGCGCCCGGUCUACGCCGGCGGCCAAGUCGUUCGUUUUCGUGUGGUUCUGCUGACAGACGAAGUGAAGCCGUAUGAAGAGGCUGUGGACGUUUUUGUUGUAGACCCCGACGGCCUCAUCAUGCGGCGCUGGGUCUCCAUGUACAACAACAACGGGGUGAUCAGCCACCGCUUCCGGCUUCCGCGCAUGCCCAAGGACGGCGAGUGGCGCAUCCGCGUGCGCGCGCACGGCCAGCUGCAGGAGCAGCCGCUGCGCGUCGAGACCUACUUCCGGCCGCUGUUCGAGGUGCACGUGCACGCGCCGGCCUACCUGCCCGUCUCCACGGGCGACCUGCUCGCCACCGCGUGCGCGCGCUCCGACCUGCAGCGCGCGGCCCGCGGCAACGUCUCCUUCGCCCUGGGCGCGCGCCGCCGCCGCCCGCCGCCCGGCCACGCCCAGCCCGCGCGCCCGCCGCCCACCCCGCCGCUCGUGCCCGUCUGGGAGCACAGCGCCUUCCUCAAGGCGAACGGGUGCUACACGGUGUCGGUGCCGCUGGAGCUGGUGACGUCUGCGCUGGCGAGCGCGCCGGAGGGCGGUCGCGCGGGCGGCGCGUCGCUGGAGGACGUGGAGCUGCGGCUGGACGCGGCCGUCACCGACUCCUUCUUCGGCGAGACGGCGCGCGGCUUCACGCACACGCGCCUCGUGGGCGCCGCCGUGCGCAUGCGCUUCCUCGGCACGCGCCCGCUCGUCUUCUCGCCCGGCGCCGUCUUCGAGGGCCACGUGGUGGUGGAGCACGACGACAAGGAGCCGCUGCCGGCGGCGCGGCUCGAGGCGGCGUCGCUGCGCGUGCACGCGUACCACCCCGAGGACGACGUGGAGGACAACGAGGUGGUUGUGGACGGCGAGGAGGGCCUCCGCCCUGAAGGCGACGACGUCGACGACGCCCUCAACACGCGCGCCGCCGCUGAGCGCUUUCGUCGCGACGGCGUCUUCCGCUUCCGCUUCCAG